AUGGGCGUGGCCAGCCCCGCCCCUGCGGUCGCAGCGCAGACGCUGCUGAGGUCCGGGAGGUCCGCGUCCAUGGCCGCCGCGCUGCUCGCCCGGGCCGGUGGCCCGCUCCGCCGAGGUGAGUGCGCUCGGGCCGCGUCCGCGGAGCCCCAGGGCCGCUCGCACGGCCGAGAUGCUGGCGGCGGCUCCUGCCGCGCGCGGGCGGGCGGGACGGCGCCACCCUUGGCUGCGCGCGCCCUUUGCCCUAGUUCGGUGGCCUCUGGCGCGUGCCCGGCCCAGGCUCUGCAGGGACCCCGGCUCCUGCUCGGCUCCCUUCUUGUGCGAACCCCAUCGCCAGUUCCUCUUUGCACCGCCGCAUCCACACCCAUGCAUCCCCAUUCCAGCUCCAGCAGAGUGCUCCAGCCUCGAGAGUGGCGCAGGUUACAUACUGUUUACCAAUCUGUGGAACUGCCCGAGACGCAUCAGAUGUUGCGUCAGACGUGCCGUGACUUUGCCGAGAAGGAGCUGGUCCCCAUUGCAGCCCAGCUGGACAAGGAGCAUCUCUUCCCCACGGCUCAGGUGAAGAAGAUGGGUGAGCUUGGGCUGCUGGCUAUGGAUGUCCCGGAGGAGCUGAGCGGAGCCGGCCUGGAUUACCUGGCCUACUCCAUUGCCCUGGAGGAGAUCAGCCGCGGCUGUGCCUCCACUGGGGUUAUCAUGAGUGUCAACAAUUCUCUCUACUUGGGGCCCAUCCUGAAGUUUGGAUCCCCAGAGCAGAAGCAGCGGUGGAUAACCCCUUUCACCAGUGGAGACAAAAUCGGCUGCUUUGCUCUCAGUGAGCCAGGGAAUGGCAGUGACGCAGGGGCUGCCUCCACCACGGCCCGGGAAGAGGGUGACUCGUGGGUCCUCAACGGCACCAAAGCCUGGAUCACCAACUCCUGGGAGGCUUCGGCCACAGUGGUGUUUGCCAGCACAGACCGGUCCCAAAAGAACAAGGGUAUCAGUGCCUUCCUGGUGCCCAUGCCAACACCCGGGCUCACACUGGGCAAGAAGGAAGAUAAGCUGGGCAUCCGGGCCUCAUCCACGGCUAACCUCAUCUUUGAGGACUGUCGCAUCCCCAAGGAGAACCUGCUGGGCCAGCCAGGGAUGGGCUUCAAGAUCGCCAUGCAAACCCUGGACAUGGGCCGCAUCGGCAUCGCCUCCCAGGCCCUGGGCAUUGCCCAGGCCUCCCUCGACUGCGCUGUGAAAUACGCUGAGAACCGCAUUGCCUUUGGGGCACCCCUUACCAAGCUCCAAAACAUCCAGUUCAAGCUGGCAGACAUGGCCGUGGCCCUGGAGAGUGCCCGCCUGCUGACCUGGCGUGCUGCCAUGCUGAAGGACAACAAGAAGCCGUUCAGCAAGGAGUCGGCCAUGGCCAAGCUGGCUGCGUCUGAGGCUGCGACCGCCAUUAGCCAUCAGGCCAUCCAGAUCCUGGGCGGCAUGGGUUACGUGACAGAGAUGCCAGCCGAGCGGUACUACCGAGACGCCCGCAUCACAGAGAUCUACGAGGGCACCAGCGAAAUCCAGAGACUGGUGAUUGCCGGGCACGUGCUCCGCAGCUACCGCAGCUGAGCCCCUGGGUCGGGGCUUGCCC